AUGAGAAUUACGCAUAAUGGAAACUUGGUGCUUUUGAAUGCAACCAGUGAAAAAGUAUGGCAGUCUUUUAGCCAUUUAACGGAUACCCUUCUUGAUGGACAGGUCCUUGUUUGUCCGUCCCAAAAGUUCAAAAAUAGAAGGUCACAACUUGAGCUAUGUUCAGUUCAGGAACGUGAACUUUCACGUUCUCCUACGGGAGACGCCGUAGCUUGCAAGAGGGUGAUCAGCUAUGAUGAGGUGGUAAGGUUUGGUGGUGUACGUAGAGGGUUGACAAAGUACUUGACUGUGAAGAAACGUUACAAAGUUGGGUGGUGUCCGCUAGAUAAGUCCUCUAAGGAGACUCAACACAACAGCGAUACGGUUAAGAAUGGAGUCUUUGAGUGUCCUAAUGAGUACUGGAAGGUAAUUCAUGCCUUUACACUUGAUGGACAAGACGAAUGCCAGUUCCCUCUUAAGGGCGGUAGAUAUGGGGUCUGCAGCCAAGGCAAAAAUUGCACAUGUCCUGAGAGUUUUGAUGGCUCUCAGUACUUCGAACCAAUCAAAAGCCAGUUCCCAAAUCGCGGUUGUCGCCUCCUGGCUCGUGACACGCCAUCACAAGAUGUUCUCACUCUUAUGACAUCUCCAAAACCUCUUGAAUACUACUCUUCUCUACACAUGAGGGUCCCAAACUCACAUGUGAAUGUUCCAAUUCCUUCCCCGUAUCCACCGCCUUCUUCUUCUUCUUCCCAUUCUAAUUCUUCGCGCCUAAAUCUGUUGGUAACUUUUGCAUGCCUACUAGUUCUGUUGAUGAUAAUUGUGUGUGUGUUGGUUCUGCAAAAGAGGAAGAUUGAUGAUUGUUUGGAUCAUGGUUUGCUUGAGCAAGUAUCAUCAGAAAUUCUAAUAAAGAGAUUCUCAUACCACGAAUUAUAUGUGGCCACAAAAAAUUCUCCGAAGAGUUGGGGCAAGGCGGUUUUGGAACGGUGUUUAAAGGGGUUCUUAAGGGUGGAAGAGAAGUUCUUGGCAGAAAUGGCGACUUUAGGCAACACACAUCACAUUAAUUUGGUUAAGUUAAUUGGAUUUUGUGUUGAUAGAAAUCAUAGGAUGUUGGUUUUUGAGUAUAUGAGUAAAGGUUCUCUACACAAAUGGAUUUUCUCUGGAGACCAAGAUGCUACUCUUCAUUGGAACAUGAGAAAGAAGAUUGCGACGGAUAUAGCGAAAGGCUUAAUGUAUCUUCAUGAGGAAUGCAGGCACAAAAUUGCUCAUUUGGAUGUUAAGCCACAUAACAUCCUUCUUGAUGCAAACUUCAAUGCAAAAAUCUCUGAUUUUGGAAUGUCUAAGCUGAUCAACAGAGAGGAGAGCCAAGUGGUAACCGAGGCACGAGGAACUCUAGGCUAA